UCUACACUCGCUUGCUCCACAAGGUUAAAGAAGGAGCUACAGGGACGCAAGGUCCGCCAUCAGACUCCUCUACAAGAUCAUCGCCCGGCGCGACCAUCGCAGAAGUCGGCAAGGCCCAAGGGGCAGCCCCCAUAUUAUCUCUACCCAAAGUAAGCCACAGGGCAGGGGCAGCCCAUCUCCCCAAAGGAAGCCACAGGGCCGCUACUCCGCGCAAACCAUGUGGAACGACCUCUCCGCCUACCUCUGCGGCUGCGUCGACCCCGUCGACGAGAGCCCGCGCCACGUGCACCUCACGCGCGAAUACGACGACGACAGCGCCGACGCGACGAGCCGCGAGAUCUUGGCCGCCAUCCGGCCGACCCAGGUCGCGCCGGCGCCCGACGACUCGUCCGAGAGCGAGCUCGAGGACGUGCGGUCGCCGCGGCCGGCGUUCGUGCGGCAGAUGUCGCGAAGUGCAAAAGCAAUCCCUCCGAUCCCCCUCGUCGACGACGGCGGCGCGCCGCUGCCACCGCCGCCGACGCCUGCCGUCGCUACGGACGUCUCCGACGUGGCGGUCGUGCGGCCCGACGGCCGCGGCGUCUUCGGCGCGCUGCGGCUCGGCGUCGAGCGGUCCACGCGGCAGUUGGUGAGCGUCGAGGACGUCGAGGGGGAAGUGCAGGCGCUGCGUAAAGCGGCGCGCGCCGCUGCGUGCCCCCAGCUCGUCGCGGUGCAUGGUGUCGGCCCUGCCCCGAAGGGCGGCGCGCGCGUCGUCACGGAAUAUUUAGAUGGAGGCUCGCUGCGCGACAUCGCUGUGAAGAAGGACGGCUUGGCUGGGGACGAGACCGUGCUCCUACAUAUCGCGGGCGAGGCGCUGAAGGGCCUCGCCUUCCUCCACGCGCGGCAGCUGACCCACGGCGCCGUCGCGCCGGCGUCGAUCCGCCUCGGGAGGGACGGCCGAGUCAAGCUCGCCGGCGCGGGCUUCGGGCUAGAGGGCCCGGCGCAGUACGUCGCGCCGGAGCUCAAAGGAAGAGCGACGAAAACGCCCGAGGGAGACGUCUGGGCGCUCGGCCAGGCGCUCUUCGCCGCGGCGUCGGGCCGCUUCUGCGCGCGCCAGCUCGGCGGCGAGCCGAAGUUAGAUUCUCCUUAUUCUGCGGACGCGGCCGCGCUCGUGCUGCACGCGUCGCGGCGCGAUCCGGAGCUGCGGGCGACGGCCGCGUUCCUCCUCGACGCACCGUGCCUCACCCUGCGCGAAUGGCCUUUUCCGCCGGGCCUGACCGCCGCCGUCAACACUGCCCUGGGCCCUUCUGCUGAGACGGACGAAGAUAGGAUGGCUCUCGUGGAGCGCGCCGUGGCAGCACCACCACCAACGCGGGACGGUAGCAAGAAGUUCCUGGACGAGGUAUUUGAUAAGUAGUCAUAUUU